UCCGUUCAUCGUGUCUCUUCAAAUUCAAAAUUUUUAUUCAUUAUUUUAGCAUACUUCAUAUCACUAAAUAAUUGUCAAAACGUUUGGUUUCACGACAUUGGUUGACGGCAAAUAAAUUACUUAAAACUAAGUUUACUGCCGCUUCCAAGGCGUCAGUGAGUCCGAAAUCAGAAACUCCGAGGUUCAAACUAUGAUCUUAUUACCAGAAUCACCAAACGUCUUGAAUAACAUAUAUUUAUGUACGCACCUUGGUGCGCACCCAGCCCCAUUACCCAUCGUCCUACUUUAAAUUUUAGAAGGCCAAAGUCGAAAAAUAAAAAUAAGAAAGUCACAUUGAUUGAUUGAUUUAACUUGACGUUGACAUCACAGAUAUUAUAAGUUGACAUCGGGUGGAUUGUAAAUUCAUAUCUGUGAAUUUUAAGGUUAUGUUGGUCGGUGCUAUAAUCAGUUUCCUUUAUUCUUUUUUAUUCGUAUUUAUUCCCAUCAUUUCCCGUUACAUAGAAAAAGAUUAAAAUUACGAGACCUAUUUCAACUACCUAUUUUUAUCUUUAUCGUUCAAAGUUUAGUUGAAACGAUAAAAACUAGUAGGUAAAAUACGUCAGCAACUGACCGCAGAUUUCAAAAUUUUCCUUAAAUAGAAGGACGAAUAAAGCAUGCCAAAGAAAAAGACUGGUCAAAGGAAGAAGGCUGAAAAGCAGAGGCAGCGGCAGAAAGAAAUUCGCAAUGCUCGCGAGAACGUUGACCUGGCGCAGCAUCCCUGCAACGUUCCCAUGGAAUGCGAUAAAUGUCAGAAAAAGCAGAAAAACCGAGCAUUCUGCUACUUCUGCCAGGCCCUGCAGAGACUGCCCACAUGUGCGCACUGUGGCAAGGUGAAAUGCAUGAGCAAGACCGGGGACUGCGUGGUCCGCCACGCCGGGGUCUUCACCACUGGACUAGGCAUGGUGGGUGCAAUCUGUGACUUCUGCGAGGCAUGGGUGUGCCAUGGUCGCAAGUGUCUCACCAGCCAUGCGUGCACAUGCCCGCUACAGGACGCCCUCUGUCUGGAGUGUGAGCGAGGUGUGUGGGAGCACGGAGGGCGCGUGUUCCGGUGCUGUUUCUGCAACGGGUUCCUGUGCGAGGAUGACCAGUUCGAGCACCAGGCCUCCUGCCAAGUGCUCGAGUCUGAGAACUACAAGUGUCAAUCCUGCAACCGGCUGGGGCAGUACUCGUGCCUGCGCUGCAAGACGUGCUUCUGCUCGGAGCACGUGCGGCGGCGCGGCGCCGGCCGGCCCGCGCGCGGCGCGCCGCCCUGCCCGCGCUGCCAGUACCCCACGCAGCUCACCGCCGACCUCAGCAUGUCCACGCGCUCUCACCGCUACGGGCGCCAGGGCGCGUCGCAGCCGCUGGACGACGACGACGACUACGGCAGCUACGGGGACUACACGCAGGGAGCCUCAUAUGGAGGAGAGGAGGGCGGAGGAGAGGAUGACUCGUCCUCGUACAGCGAGUCCGAUGAUGACUCGGACGAAGAGGAUGACUCGGACUCUGACUCAGAGCCCGGGGAGUCGAGCUCUGUGCCCGCGACUAAGGGCUCAUGAACCGAUAUCAAGAUACCGCGCUAGGAUUCAUGUUAACUGUGCAUCUUUAUAUCUAUAUGUUAUAACAAAUGAAUAUAUCUAUUAGCUA